CGAGUGGAGGCGCGAUGGGCCCUUAGGCGUACUCCUAGGUAUCGUCAACUACAUUAAAACACCACAGCAAUACGCUCUUUUUGCUGACUUUCAGCGCCUUGCCCAUCGCGAGCUACCAGCUGACGCACCUCCCGAUAAACGCAAGAUCCUUGAGCCCGUCAAGCCUGUUAUUACACGCUGGAACUCCUUCUACUCGUGCUUUGAGCGCGCUGUACAGCUUCAACCGGCGAUUAACGCGUACGCCAGCCACCAUAUAAAGCGUAUACGGGACGAGGAUACCUACGCUGAGUCGCGGCGCAACAAACUGCCUCACGCGCCACACUGGAUGAGAUCGGACGGCCUUACAACGCACGAUUGGGCGGUAGUUACGGAGUAUAUAGACGCUUUAAAGCCGCUGAAAGCUGCUACAAAGCGCCUUGAGGGGCGCGGCAACAGCGGGAGGUUUGGCUGUAUCGCUGAAGUCAUCCCAGUAUUCGAGUAUAUACUCAACUACUACGAAUCGCGCGUACUAGCUUACGAGGCCGUUGAGUAUAACGCCCACGACGAGGCGCCUGAGGACCACCUUGCGAUUAACAUGCGCGCAGCGUGGGCGAAAGCCAGCGAGUAUUACUCUAAAUUAGACCUAUCGCCCGCCUACUACGCAGCUACGAUACUCCACCCGUAUUACCGAUCGUAUUGCGACAAAUCCUGGGGUACUGAGAAACCCAGCUAG